CCACAAUAAUUGACAUACAAAAAGGACCAAAUUUGUAAAUUUUCCUUAAACAAAAUGAAAAGAAUAGUCGGGAAAUAAACCUUUUCAUUCCUUCCCGAGAACACUACCGAGAUUCUUUCCCAUAUUGGUUUCCUUCGUCUCCAGGCGAUCAUGAUUUCUGUGAUAAAUUAGGUUGUCAAAAAAAUUGUUCUGUUGAAGCCUUCAAGCUCUAAUCGAAAGUGGCCAUGAUCGAGAGUUGAAACAUACUCAACUUGUUUGUUCGUGUGUGAAUCCACUGAUUUACGGAUUUUUAUGUUCGUCUCUCGAUUUCAAUUUCUGUAUUGCAAGCUGAUUCUUGAAACCCCAAAAUGCCCCCAACAAAAAAAGGUAAAGCUAAAGCCAACUAUCACCAUACAUGCCAAACCUGGUUCUAAAGUUGCCACCAUUACAGAUUUUGAUGAUGAUGCUUUAGGAGUACAAAUUGAUGCACCUGCAAAGGAUGGUGAAGCCAAUGCUGCACUCCUUGAUUUUAUAAGCUCGGUUAUAGGGGUAAAAAAGAGGCAAGUUUCAUUGGGUGCUGGCUCAAAAUCAAGGGACAAGGUUCUGAUAGUUGAAGGUGUAUCACUAGAGGCUGUGUAUAAUGCUCUUGAUACAGGAUUACAUAAUCCCUGAUGAAAAAAAUGACAUUUUUUUAAAGACAAGCCACCCGAUGUCUGUAGGAUUUGAACCUCUGUCAACUUCAUUUUAAAGUUUUUCAUACCACUUUUGUUAUAUUGCGUGUAGUAUUAUGCAUCUAAACUAAGAUUGAGAUUGGCGUUCAUGACACAAAGUUAAGAUGUUAUGUCUUGUCUAAAAAGGUUGAACAAGGCAAUUGAAGCUAUUGAAC